AUGGGCCGCUCUCUCCAGCAAGGGGAUAAGAGAGGCCUGAGAGGAACCUGCCCAGCCUGGCUUCAGAAGCAGCAUCUGGGACAUGUCAGCCAUGGCCUGGACGCCUCUCCUCCUCAGCCUCCUCGCUCACUGCACAGGCUCUGUGGCCUCCUAUGAGCUGACUCAGCCACCCUCAGUGUCGGUGUCCCCAGGACAGACAGCCAGCAUCACCUGCUCUGGAGAUAAAUUGGGGAAUGCAUAUGCUUACUGGUACCAACAGAAGCCAGGCCAGGCCCCUGUACUGGUCAUCUAUAGCGAUAGCAACCGGCCCUCAGGGAUCCCUGAGCGAUUCUCUGGCUCCAACUCGGGGAACACGGCCACCCUGACCAUCAGCAGGGUCGAGGCUGGGGAUGAGGCUGACUAUUACUGUGCUGCAAGCUAUGGCAGUGGGGGCAGCUGGCAGUACAUCUUCGGUGGUGGGACCCAGCUCACCGUCCUAGGUCAGCCCAAGGCUUCCCCCUCAGUCACUCUGUUCCCGCCCUCCUCUGAGGAGCUCCAAGCCAACAAGGCCACACUAGUGUGUCUGAUCAGUGACUUCUACCCGGGAGUCGUCGAAGUGGCCUGGAAGGCAGAUGGCAGCGCUGUCAACACGGGAGUGGAGACCACCACACCCUCCAAACAGAGCAACAACAAGUACGCGGCCAGCAGCUACCUGAGCCUGACGCCUGACCAGUGGAAGUCCCACAAGAGCUACAGCUGCCAGGUCACGCACGAAGGGAGCACCGUGGAGAAGACAGUGGCCCCUGCAGAAUGUUAAUAGGUUCCCACCCCUCACCCCACCCAUGGGGGCCUGGAGCUGCAGGAUCCCAGGGGAGGGGUCUCUCCUCCCACCCCAAGGCAUCCAGCCCUUCUCCCUGCACUCAAUAAGCCCUCAAUAAAUAUUCUCAUUGACAAUCAGAAA